UUGACCGAGUUUUCACCUCGGUAUUAUUUUCAUCUGGCGCCGCGUAUAAUUUUCGCCACCGCUAUCGCUAGCUAGCAAAUCCGUAGGAGUGUGACAUUGAAGUGGACGAAGAAAAAGGACCGUCGUCUGAUUCAUCUAUGCCACUAAAGGAUCAGUCAAACUCGACCGCCAUGAAGCCAGCAGUUGACGAGAUGUUUCCUGAGGGUGCCGGGCCCUACGUGGAUCUGGACGAGGCUGGGGGAAGCACAGGACUGCUGAUGGACCUGGCUGCAAAUGAAAAGGCAGUUCAUGCAGACUUCUUCAAUGACUUUGAGGACCUGUUUGAUGAUGAUGACAUCCAGUGAGAGCUUCCCAGAUCAUCAGUAUUUGUAGAGAUGGAUGAUACUCACAGAACUCCAUGUCUUUUUUUUGUUGUUGUUUUUUUUUUUUGGGAAGACAAACUAGCCAUUGACAGUGUAAUGACAUACAAUUUCCUUUCAUAGGUGUCCUAGUUUUAGGCUUUUAAAACAUUCUUAAAAAGCUGCCACUGGCUCCAGAUGUUGUGAAAUUCUUAAGAUCCCAAGGAUUCCUCCAUAUACGGUAUGUUAAAAUUAUGAGCUUCUAUCGUGCUCAUGCCUUCAACUGCUUCCAGACUGGAUUGCAGGUUUCCGUGUGCUGGAGAACACCUGUUAGAGGCACAUUUUGAGGGUAAUUAUAGAUAUGAUGGCAGAACCUCCUAUGCUGUCAACCUUAAACACACUGCAGAUGACAUAUGAGAAAUGAUGGUUUACUAAAAUGGCUCAAAUUAUUUGUAAUACCACAUAUAAUAGUCAAAUAUAUGUUUGGUUUUGACAUCUACCAUGUGUCGUGUUUGUUCAUGACAUUGUACAUAUGUAUAGUUGCAUCCUUGUCAAUAUGUUUGUGGAUGAUUUGUAUGUGUGAAGCAGAGGAAAAAAUAAAUGUGCUUUAUAAAUGA